GCGAUAUCUUUCAAAUGAUUCAUUUUCUGAAUCAAAAGUUAGUAUAAUACCAAAACUCUUGAGAGAUUCAUCAGUUAUUUUUCAGUUUUCGGAUCGAAGCUAAUGACAAUGGAAGUAGGCAAGAGGAUGGAUAUGUUAGAGAGGAAGUCAUCGAUAGAGACAGAGCCCAUGACAUUGCAUCUCGACCAAAUAGAAAAUGCUCGAGAGGAGGCAUUGUUUGUGAUGAAAACAAAGACAUUUGAGGAAGCUAUGGACAUCUUCACAAAGGAGACGCAAGAGGUGUUAAGGGCUGAUGAGGAGAAAAGAGGAAGAUGUUUAGAUUUGCAGGAUUAUGAAUAUGAUGAUGAAGACGAGAGACUGAUCUUUCUUGAUCCUCUUGGUUGGGACAUUGUUUCAGCUCCUUUUUAAUUUAUCCAAGAAAUACGUUUUUUGCUAUGUUUUGUUUUAUUUUUCCUCUACUCGUUAAGUAUUCUUGUAAAUAAAUGUAUAGUUGAAGAUGUUUUGAUGAUGGAUACACUAAAUUUUACAAUCUUGUAGAAAUCAUUGUAAGCACAACAAUCGUGUAUUUGGAAUUCGAAAAACCAAUUACCAUU